UAGCGUGUGGCUGUUAUGCGAACGUUUAGCCGUUGAUUCGCUUCUAGUGAAUUCUGAGCUUUUGUUUAUAUAAGAAUAAUUCAGUUUAAAUGAAUUAAAAUGGUGAGAAGCAGGAGCAGGACGCCACCACCACGCAGAGAGAGACGCCGCUCGCGCUCGUCCUCCCGCGACCGGGAGCGCAGGCGCAGAGACAGGGAGAGGUCACGAUCACGCUCCAGAGACCGACGGAGGAGCCGCUCGCGCUCCCCACACAGACGCAGAUCCAGGUCUCCCCGCCGGCACCGCUCGUCCUCGCUGUCCCCCGUACGACAGAAGGACCGACGUGAAGAUGAGAAGAAGGACGGGAAGGAGAAACCCGUGAAAGUGCAUCAGAUUUCAGCUGAAGAUAUGGAGGGUAAAACCGAGGAGGAAAUCGAGAUGAUGAAGAUGAUGGGCUUUGGUUCCUUUGAUACCACAAAGGGCAAGAAGGUGAACGGUUCUGUUAAUGCACACGCCAUCAACGUGAUGCAGAAAAGAAAGUACAGGCAAUACAUGAACAGAAAAGGGGGCUUCAACAGACCUCUGGACUUCAUCGCCUGAUUCGCACAGUUCCAGCGGCUCUGGUUUUGAUCUUCGUCUCACUGCAGCUUUGUUCUGUGUGGUUUAACUUUGAUGCUUCAUUUUUUUAACUCAGUUUUUUCCUCAUGUGUUUAAAUGUCACUAGUUGUUCUGUUUGGAUCUGCGUAUCCUAUAGUUUGGCCUUGAAUAAAGUUUAAACAUUUUGAAUAUUAA